CUCAGCCGCUCCCUCCCCGCACUCUUGUCUGGAGAGGAAUCGAGCACCGAGCGCAUCGAUAGCACUGCCCUCUGCGGCCGCCCGGCCCCGAACUCAUCGGUGCUCUCGGAGCUCGAUUUCCCUAGGCGGCGGCCGCGGCGGCGGAGGCACAGCGGCGGCGGUGGCGGCGGCGGCGGCGGCGGCGGCGGCGGUGGCGGCGGCGGCUCGGCCAGUACUCCCGGCCCCCGCCAUUUCGGACGGGGAAAGAGCGCGGCGCAGGCACUGAAGGCGGCGGCGGGGGCCAGAGGCUCGGCGGCUCCCAGGUGCGGGAGAGAGGCCUGCUGAAAAUGACUGAAUAUAAACUUGUGGUAGUUGGAGCUGGUGGCGUAGGCAAGAGUGCCUUGACGAUACAGCUAAUUCAGAAUCACUUUGUGGAUGAAUAUGAUCCUACGAUAGAGGAUUCCUACAGAAAACAAGUAGUAAUUGAUGGAGAAACCUGUCUCUUGGAUAUUCUCGACACAGCAGGUCAAGAGGAGUACAGUGCAAUGAGGGACCAGUACAUGAGGACUGGGGAGGGCUUUCUUUGUGUAUUUGCCAUAAAUAAUACUAAAUCAUUUGAAGAUAUUCACCAUUAUAGAGAACAAAUAAAAAGAGUUAAAGACUCUGAAGAUGUACCUAUGGUUCUAGUAGGAAAUAAAUGUGAUUUGCCUUCUAGAACAGUAGACACAAAACAGGCUCAGGACUUAGCAAGAAGUUAUGGAAUUCCUUUUAUUGAAACAUCUGCAAAGACAAGACAGGGCGUUGACGAUGCCUUCUAUACAUUAGUUCGAGAAAUUCGAAAACAUAAAGAAAAGAUGAGCAAAGAAGGUAAAAAGAAGAAAAAGAAGUCAAAGACAAAGUGUAUAAUUAUGUAAAUACAAUUUGUACUUUUUUCUUAAGGCGUACUUAAGUAAAAGUGGUAAUUUUUGUACAUUACACUAAAUUAUUAGCAUUUGUUUUAGCAUUACCUAAUUGUCUUUCUGCUCCAUCCAUACUGUUAGCUUUUAUCUUGAAUGCUUAUUUUAAAAUGACAGUGGAAACUUUUUUCCUCUAAGUGCCAGUAUUCCCUGAGUUUUGGUUUUUGAACUAGCAAUGCCUGUGAAAAAGAAACUGAACACCUGAGAUUUCUGUCCUGGGGUUUUUGGUGCAUGCAGUUGAUUACUUCCUAUUUUUCUUACCAAUUGUGAACUUGAGUGUGAAACAAAUUAAUGAGCCUUUCAAAUCAUCCCUGUUCUGUGUUUUAUCAAUCAUAUACAUGGAUUAAUUACUAAUUAUAACUUCAGUUGAGAUUUCACGAUUGGUUUUACUGAAGCAUUGAGGGAACACAAAUUUAUGAGCUUCCUGUAGAUUCAUCUUGUAGGUUUCAUGUCCUGUAGUUUCAGUUACCCUUAAUGAAUGUAAAGGUACACUGUUCACAAAGGUUUUCUCCUUCUUUCCACUGCUAUUUGUCAAUGGUCACGUUCCCCCAAAUAUUAUAUUUUUUCUAUAAAAAGGGAAAAAAUUGAAAAAAAUACAAGGCAAUGGAAUAUUAAAAGGCCAUUUACUUUCUACAUUAGGUGAAUUCCUAUAAUACUCUGAAUAGCUUUUCCUGUUAAGGCAAACCCAGAAUGUAAUGAGGAUUAUAACAACCAUUUUGGGGCUAUAUUUACAUGCUACUAAACUUUUGUAAUAAUUGAAAAAAAUUUAACAUGUAUUGAAUUACAAAAAUUCUCAUAGGAAUUAAAUAUAGUCUCCCCGUGUCAGAUUGCUCUUUCUUAGCAUAAAUCUUUUCUUGAACUUCAGUCUUUGAAAGUAGUUUUAAUUCUACUGGUAAUGAUGUUAAAAAUUAUUUGGUCCAGUUAGCUUAGUAGGUGUUACAGAGACCAAGGUGGAAAGGCCAGGCCUUGUGUGAGCUUUGAGCUUCACUGAGAGUUUCACAGUAUGGACUGCAUCCCUAUGGUCUUCCAAUGUUGUCAUGCCUUGGCUGGUCAAAAAUGGGGACUGGGAGAGAGUUUGGAUAGCUCAGCAGGGUACAUUCUCACUAUGUGGUAGUCCUACUCAAGAACGUCACUUUUGUUGAAACGAAACUUCAAAAAAACAUUAUUUUUAAAUGAGGUUUUAGGGUGGGGUGGCAAGAUUUUAAUUUUUUUUAAACAAAAUGAAAAAGUUUCAAAAUCUUGAGUAUUGGCUAGUUCUCUUAACACUGGCUAAAGUAACACUUUACAAGUCUGGUCCAUAAUUAAGAAUAUCUAAUGCUUAUAAAAUAGAUAAAUUAAUGUUAAAAUGAUUCUUUCAAUGCAUUUAAAAUGUUAACUUAUUUUAAAAUAUUUGAACUGAGAUGGUGUGUUGAGGUGAAAAUAUCACUGGACAAGGAGGAAGGUGGCUUAGUUUCUAGUUAUGUGUCUUUCAUAACUCCAAUUUUAGGCAAAUCACUUACUAUCCAUUUCUUCAUGUUAAAAGAAGUCAUCUCAAAGGCUGUAUCUAGCAUUAUAACUAUGUGAUUUACAUUCAGUUUACAUAAGGAUAUACCUAUUUGUCAGUCUCAGCACAAUCUGUAACUUUUUACCUGUGUUAUCAUCUUCAGUGCCAGUCUUAGGCAAAAUUGUGCAAGAGGUGAAGUUUAUUUCUGAAUAUCCAUUCUCCGCUUUCAGGACUUCUCCCAUAUUAGUGUCAUCUUGCCUGCCUACCCUUCUACAUGCCCCAUGACUUGAUGUUUUUUCUUUUAAUACUUCUCAUUCCCCUAACCUCAAAGAUUUAUUGCUGCUUUGGAUAUCUCCAUGAAGGCUUCCCAUCAAGUCACAUCAAAAUGCCCUACAUCUUACUUCCUCAGGCUCAGCAUAAUCCGACAGACACUAUAAUGGAAUUUGACCUACGAGUUAAUUUUCAGGUGGUGGCUGUAGCAAUUUAAUCUUGAUCCUUUGAACAUCAUCUCUUUGCUGCCUGGUCCAUCAGGGACAAAGUAGGAAUUUUCAUACCUGCUAUGAGGAGUCAGAUCCCUAUCCAGUGGAAUGAGAAUUUAACAAAGGUAGUGCUGAAAGAAUUCCUUACGUAAUCUACGACGACGACUAGCCCUGCUAAUGAUACAUUCCAUUGUUUUAAAAGCUAAAAUUUUGCAAUGAAAGAAACUUUAAAAUUUAUUCAUAAAUCUUACUCUUUAGCAGAAUUCAUUUAUUCAACAAAUAUUUGAGUGCCUUCUAGAUGCCAGGCACUACACAAGGCACUGGGGAUAUUAGAGUAUCCUCAGACAAGGGACAUAAUCCCUGUCCUUAGGUAGUGCUUAUAUUCUAGAGCAGUCUGUAUUUUAGUGAGGCAUCUGGCACAUGACCCAGAUAUAAUGCAUAUUGUAGUUUUGCAAAGAAGUGAUUUGGUCUCUAAGCUUAGUUUCUUCCAGUUCUGAAAUAAUUGUUUUGCUCUGAUUCCAAUGUAACUGUUUAAUCAAGCUACUUUUUAAAAUUAAAUUAGUUUACUUCAUUGUUUUAAAGGAGUAAAAUUUGAAUAUUGUUUUUUAUUUGAAAGAAUGAUGUGAUUCUAUUGGGACAAUUAUAGUACCAAUUAAGUUGUAUGUCAGAUAAUGUUAAAAUUCCCUUGUGUGUAGUAUGGUCUCUUUGUAUAAGUAAUUAAAAUAGACUUUAAAAAUUAAACAUUGAAUUCUAAAAUAGUUGUUUAUCUGGGUAAAAAUAAACAGAUGCCGGACCUAACUCACAGAAAAGGAAACGUCUAUGUAAAAAUCAAUAUGAUUUCUGAGAUGCUAUACUAAACUACAGGUUUAUGGAACAUUAUCUAGUUAGGGUGUUUACACUUACAUAGUACCUCCUCUUGUUUCCACACAAGAGAAAGAAAUGGCCAUACUUCAGGAAUUGCAGUGUAUAACUGAGGGGAUUUUUAGGACUCUUGAAUUUUUGAUGUAGCUGGGCAAUUUUUUUAUGGCAGUGGUAAUUAUCCUUUAUUAUGUGAAUUUUGAAUGGUUUAAUAAAAUGUUUGUUUAUGUAGAUAUUUUAAAAGGGGAGAGAUAAUCCUAGAAAUAACAAAUGUUAUCUAAUUAUUAUAGCCUUAAAGAUAAAAAUCCUUGAAGUUGAAAAAAACUGCUAAAUUACAUAGGUUUAGACAUUAACAUGUUUAUGGAAGAAUGUAGCAGAAGUAUGUAGUAAAAUUUGAGUGAAUAUCUCCAAUUAGGAAUUCUAGGCUCUAUUUUAACUGAGUCACACUGCAUAGGAAUUAGAACCUAACUUUUAUAGGUUAUCAAAAUCUUAGCCACCAUUGCACAAUUUUGUCCUAAAAUAUGUAGAAACUUUGUGAGGCAUGUUAAGUUGCAGUUUGCACAAGUUCAUCUCAUUUGUAUUCCAGUGAUUUUUUUUUCUUCUAUCCAUUUUUUCUGAACAAUAUAUACACAUUUAGGUUUUUUUAUAGGCAGUAAGAACUAUCUGCCAUUUCCAUUUGCCAAAAAGUAAUAAUUUCUUGAUGAUUAUGUAUUAAUGAUUUUUAACAACCCAUUAGUUAUUUUAAAGCUGAACUUACAUUUAAUAACUUUGGUGUUGAUAUUGGGUAGCAUGAAAUCUGCAUUGAGAAAUUGAACAGCAUAAGUCGAACAGCUGUAAAUUCCUUCAGAAAAUGAAAUUUCUUUCUUUCUAAAGAUAUAUUCACGUCAGUUCUUUAAAAAGAGUUGUAACUAGUAACACUUGUUUUAGUUUAAUAGUUUUAAGUGCCUGUUUGGGAUGAUAACAGGCAAUUUUUAGAUGAAUUUAGGAAAAACAAAGUUAUUACCUACAGAAGUGUCAAUUACAGAAGGUCCCCUUCCCUAUAGAGAGCUAAAUGGGUUAUGUAAUGUUUUAUCCAAAAAUUUCCAAUUCCACUGUCUUGUGUUUUCAUGUUGAAAAUACUUUUGCAUUUUUCCUUUGAGUGCCAAUUUCUUACUAGUACUAUUUCUUAAUGUAACAUGUUUACCUGGAAUGUAUUUUAACUAUUUUUGUAUAGUGUAAACUGAAACAUGCACAUUUUGUACAUUGUGCUUUUUUUUUGUGUGUGGGACAUAUGCAGUGUGAUCCAGUUGUUUUCCAUCGUUUGGUUGCGCUGACCUAGGAAUGUUGGUCAUAUCAAACAUUAAAUUUAAAAAUGACCACUCUUUUAAUUAAAAUUAACUUUUAAAUGUUUAUAGGAGUAUGUGCUGUGAAGUGAUCUGAAAUUUGUAAUAUUUUUGUCAUGAACUGUACUGCUCCUAAUUAUUGUAAUGUAAUAAAAAUAGUUACGGUGACUAUCA